GGGGAGUGAUUUAUUUUGUGCCUUCUCAAUCGUACGUGGGAGCUUCCGCUUCGCAUGUGAUGUGCAGUUGUUUAAUUUGUUCUGUAGUUCAUAUUGCCUAGAAAAAAGCAUGCUCCGCCUCGCCCGCGCCCUGCGUGGGGCGGUGGGCAAAUGCCCCGUGUUGGCGGUGGAACCUAAGCAGCGCCGGAUGUACCCGCUCAACAUUAUGUACGGUAUAUCAACAACUUGAAGAAGGACGAGUUAACCUUAAAUUUCUGUUUAUUUCCCAUGGGAUGGCAUGAUGACAAAGAACGAUUUUUUCCUUUAAAUCUCUGCGUUGCAUAAACAAAUGUUGAAAUCAGGAUGUGAACAAACAAAAUCCUGUCCAGGUGGCGCCCACCAGACGCCGAACGUGGGUGUGACUCAGGGCGGUUGGUACAUUGGUUACCAGAGUGAAGUAGAAAGGAGUCCAAGUCCUUCUAAGUAGCGCAGAAAGCAAUGCAUAGUUGCCAUGUGAAGCAGGAGCUUUGCAGCAACAAAAACCUACUCCUGCAUCAUGCAGAAGACCGAAGCGAAAUUUGUGUUGCAGACAGAGGCAUGAAAGUACUUAUAAAAAAGUUGGACCAUGCAAACAGAAGAUCUCAUAUUUCGCAGCAUUCCUCAACCCCAACUGGGCCGGGGCAUUCUAUUUCACCUUGAUAUCUGAUGGGGGAUGUUCUGGGGUUACUACUACUGGUUUAUCUUCUACGCGCAAUAUGCCUCCAGUAUGAACCCAGACGUGCGGUUUGACGGGAGCCAGUUCACCGGGCAAUAUCAGUUGAAAAUUUUGGGAAGGAGCCUUAGACAAGUGAGUGCUGUCAUUGUCUAGUCCUGCAUGUGGUCUAAUCGUAGAAGUAUCGAAUGCGUAAGUAGCAUGUUAGCAUUGCAGUGUCUAUAAAACGGUACGAAUCUACUUCCAGUGCAUCGACGAAGGCAACAAGUUGCAUUUCUACUCAAAAUUUUAUGUCUGCAUAGUCAGCGGCUUUUCUUCGGAAGCCGGUACGACGAGCCGGCGGAGUGGGUGCGGGUGUUGCCCCUGUCACCGGAGGCGCCAAAGUGAAGGAAAUCGAAACCAGUUCGAGGACUGUCAUUGCGGGGAGACAUCACAAAGAAUUAUGUCUCAAAUUUUCUGUAUAGCGAGGACGCAAAUCAGUAAGCAGGGACGUUACAACGGCUUCUAGCUGUGAACAAUUGUGCGAUGAUCUGAAGAAGGAGCAACAUAGUAUAGCAGUUUGAGCAGUUUGAAACUACAACCGGUAAUAUUCUCUACUUCGAAUAGAGACGACACUGGCGACAGAAUCAUUCUGUCGCCACAGACAGAAACCGCAUGAUUUGCAAACAGCUGUUGCAGAAGAGAGUUCUGAAAAUUGUGUUUCGACCUCCUCGAGGAU